AUCACCUUGUAUGUUUGUUAAAAAUGUAGAUUUCCAACUAUUUGUCUCCUAAAGCUGCCAGAGCAAAGCUCUACAAACUGGGCAGCUUAAAACAACAGAAAUUUGUUGUCUCGCAGUUCUGGAGGCUAGGAGUCUGAAAAAAGGGUGUCACCAGGGCCGUGCUCUCUCUGAAGGCUCUAGGGGUAGCUCCUUCCUUGCCUUUUCUAUCUCCAAACCCAGCACCCUCAAGUCAAUUCCCACUCAUAGGGACCCUAUAGAACACAAUAGAACUGCCUCAUAGGGUUUCCAAGGCUGUAAUCUGUACAGAAGCAGAUGUCCACAUCUUCCUCCCGCAGAGCAUCUGGUGGGCUGGAAUCGCCGACUUUUCCAUGAGCAGCCCAGCACUUAACCACUACACCACCACGACUUCUUAUUAAAGCACACUAUAACUAAAUAAUAGGCAUAAUGGUCAGCAAAACAAGACACAAAAGAACAGAGACUGCAUGAGUCCAUCUACAUAAUGUUCGAGAACAGAUGAAACUAAUCUACAGUGAUAACUAGUGGUUACUAAAAGGAGCCCUGGUGGUGCAGUGGUUAAGUGCUACGGCUCCUAACCAAAAGGUCGGCAGUUAGAAUCUACCAGCUGUUCCUUGGAAACCCUGUGGGGCAGUUCUACUCUGUCCUAUAGGGGCACUGUAGGGUAAUGCUAUUCACCUACAUGCAUCCCCUCCCUAAUGGAGUCAGCUUUGCUCUUCCCUGAAGCAUGCUCGGGAUGAAUUUGGGAUGGACUCAGGCUAAGGUAAAAGGCCGGGAGCGGUAUGACUGGGCCAGUGGCCAAGGCCGAGGAAUGCCUUAGCAACAAGAAGGAAGACAUCUGGGCCAGGAUGUGAAGUCCCUGGGAACACUGACUGUCCCAGGACAUGGGAGAAAAACAAUAAGCCUUGGUCCCAACUGGAAUGGUGUAUAAGCUUGGGUUCCUUGCUAGGUGGUUGUGGAAAAUACCCCCACCGGCCGCCACUGGAGAGCAGCUGCUUGCCUGGACGUAUGAAUCUGGAAAGGGCUAUGUGUCAGUUCUUUGGAUUAUCUGCCAGGGCACACAGUGAGGCUCUUUCCUUGCUGGGGCUGUCCCCUGACAGGCACUGUGAGUUGGUUUUUGUUUGUUUGUUUGUUUUGGUCUAUAACUACUGUAAUUAAAACAGGGUGAUUGAGGAGCAAGGAGAUAAAAAGGUGAAUGUCAAAACAGAGAUGCUUCACAAGUCACCUUGCUCUAUGCAUGAACUUCAUGUACAAGACGCCAGUCUUGGCCUAUCAAAAAAAAUUAUUUUUAUUUUUUUAAUGAUGAUACUCAGUGUUGAGGACGCAGAGAAACAAGCACUUUCACUGCUGGACGGAGCGUUACAUGCUACAAUGUUUUGGGGAGGGAAAUUUUAGAAUGAUUAAAUAUUUCGUGUAAAACAAUUUUAUGAAGAGCUUUUACAAACGUAUACAAAAGUUUGUUCUAUGGUGUUUAGGUUAAGAAUCAUGAUGUACAACUGUAUACGCAGGGUGUUACAAAUACAGGUGCGUAGAAAAAAGGCUGGAGGACAAAGAACUGGCAAUAGGCAUGUGCCUACUGGGAAUCCAGGUGAUUUACAUUUCCUCAUUUAUAAUCUUCUGUAUUUCCCAAAUUUUCUGUAAUGAGUAUGUCAUUUUCAUAGUCACAAAGUUUUUUUUUUUAAAUGAAGGCACAAGAAUUUUAAAAGUUCAUUUUUUAUUAUAAGUAGAAUUGAAUAAAGCCAAACAUCCUAAUACGUGAAGAACACAAAUACAUAAAGACGCCGUCCAGGUAGUUAACGGGCAAGUCUGUGCUUUGGGAGAAAGUUCAGCUGUGGAGCAAGUCUGAUGGGUACAAACGACAAGACCUGCACGGUUUCAAGUUCCAUACAUUAAACUGGCAGAAGAAAAAAAACAAGAGUUGAUAAGACCCCUAGGUGUCUCUGUCAUGAAGUUGUUCGUGCAUUUGGUACCAGGGAGGACUUUGCACAAGUUUGCCAGGUGUGAGUUUCGCUGGCAUUAAUCGGUCUUCAGGACAAGACCAGAACGGACUUGCUGUCUGUCCUACCCGGGCUGGAAACCUCCCGGCCCAGCGCCGGCUCCUCCCUCUGCGGUGGGGCCAGCCCUCAUUAACCAGGACAUGGAACACCCUCCGCCAGGGCUGGACACCUCCCGCCCCAGCGCCGGCUCCUCCUUCUGCGGUGGGGCCAGCCCUCAUUAGGUCAUGGAACACCCUCCGCCAGGGCUGGAAACCUCCCGCCCCAGCGCCGGCUCCUCCCUCUGCGGUGGGGCCAGCCUUUAAUAACCGCCGCACACAACACCCUACGCUCAGGAUCCCGCUGCGCAGCACCCAGCUUCUCAGCUCCGUGUCCGCGCUGACCAUGGCCACCUUCGUGGAGCUCAGCACCAAAGCCAAGGUGCCCAUCGUGGGCCUGGGCACCUGGAAGUGUUCCCUUGGCCAAGUCCAAGAGACUGUGAAGGCAGCAAUUGAUGUGGGCUACCGCCACUUCGACUGUGCUUUUGUGUAUCAGAAUGAGAGCAAGGUGGGAGAGGCCAUCCAGGAGAAGCUCCAAGAGAAGGCUGUGACACGCGAGGACCUCUUCAUCGUCAGCAAGCUGUGGCCCACCUUCUUCAAGAAGCCCCUGGUGAAGGAAGCCUGUCGGAAGACACUCAAGGAUCUGAAGCUGGACUACCUCGACAUCUACCUUGUUCACUGGCCACAGGGGUUGCAGCCGGGGAAGGAAAUUAUCCCCAAAGAUGAUAAAGGCAAUGUCCUCCCGAGUAAAACAACAUUCUUGGAUGUCUGGGAGGGUGAAGAUUGUGGCAAUAUCUGCAACACAGCCUAAGGCUUCAGCAGGCUGACCCUGUGCCUUACAUUUCAUAAGAGGGCUUCUGUCAUUUUUAUCACCCUGGUAAAACAUGACUUCUUAACUAUCUGAGGAAUUACCCUUUUUGACAUGUGGAGACCAGCAUACCUCUCAUGUUUGCUCCACAAGAUUUUUUUGCCCUAGCUUUUAUGAUGGCAUUAAAGGUAGCAGUCAUGUCAUUGGUGUCUGUCAAAAGUACCCUGAUUUCCCUGAGUGAGUUUGGCAAUGACUGCUAUAGAAAGCAUUCUAAAGGCAUGAAGAGAUAUUGAUGAUCAAGAUGAGAGGGUCUGAGUGAAAUGGGUAAGACCGAAAUGCAAAUGUGUUCAUAUGGACCUACAGCAGAUCAACGGAAACGUCAUUGACUGCUCCUAAGCAGAAGUGAAAAAAAAAAUGUGUAAAGACGUCCAGAUGUACCAUCCACCCAACUAGACCUGGUCUAUGGCACACAAAACCUUUCCGUCAUCUCCUGGCCCAUCUUCAGAGUUCCAGGACCCUUACAUUCCCAUCACUUCUCCACUUCAAAUUUGCCCCUGUGAAGACCUUUGCCACCCACCCUAGUGGGUCUUAGCUUUGGCUGUUUGUUAAAAUACCCUGGAGAGUAUUAAAAGUCCCAAUUCCUGGGCAACCUCCCAAUUCAGGAAGAAACUCUGGGGCUGGUACCCAGGAAUCAGCAUUUUUUAAAGCUCUCUAAAAUGGUUGCAAAAUGCAGCUAAGUUUGAGAACCACAGAUAACAUGUCACCUGAACCCAUUAUCCUUGUUCCCUCCUCCAAGUCUCUAAUCCUAAUUGCUUCCCCACCUGCUGUUGUCUCUUCCCUCUUUUCUCGGAAUUAUUCUUAAGCCCCCGUCCAGACUCCACACAUGGAGCCUCUACUGACAAUUGUGACCCACACUAACCCCUUUUUCUCUGACCUCUGUGAGUCUCACCACUAUGCCUUUAUGACAGGACAUGGAGGAGAGGGACUGGUAAAAGCCACUGGCAUCUCCAACUAUUUCCAGAUUGAGAGGCUCUUGAACAAACCUGAACUGAAACACAAACAAGUGACUAACCAGGUAAAUUUUGCUUCAUAAACAUUCAGAGGCAAGUUCAGUGUUAUGUACGGAGUUUCCUUUCAGGGGUAAGGAAUGAGGACAAUUUUGGGAGAUGUGAGGCAGGUCAUAGGGUCCGGCAUCCAAGUGUACCAGUGGGCAGUAUUUGGUCUCUGCUUGGCUGCCUUUUUGUGUGUAGAACUCCCUAUGAGCAUCUCCAAACGCAGGCCAACUUCCCAGUGAUGGGGAAUGUUUGCUUUUGCAGAUCAAGUGUCACCCAUACCUCAUACAGGAGAAGCUGAUCCAGUACUGCCAUUCCAAGGGCAUUGCGGUCACUGUCUAUAGCCCCCUGGGCUCUCCAGACAGACCUUGGUGAGGCUCCUCAGAGGUCUUUCUCUUGAUGCUCUUUAAAAAAUGACUGAUAAUUGGUUAAUACUGGUAUAAGUCUAUAAAGCGCUGGAUAGAAUAAUAUGUCUAAGACAAUGUGUUUUGUGCAGCUUAAUGGGAUUAUAGUGGGUAAAAAUGGGAUUUUUUUCGAUCAUAACAUGCCUGUCCCUCUGCAAAUAUAAACGUUCAUUCACUAAAGAGCUGGACCAGCCUCUGUACAAAGUGAGGUUCAGAGCCCGUGAUGGGCCCAAGGGUAAGACAAAGCUUUCAGGUGCUCCUGCCUAUCUCUCAGAUGGAGGAGACUGGGACGAGCAACCUUGGGGUCUUCAUGGUAAGGAUGCUCAUCUAUGUAUGGUAACCAUGGUGAUUGUUCAUGCCUGCCAUCUUUCUUUCUCUAAGGCCAAGUCAGAAGACCCUUCACUGCUGGAGGGAUCCUAAGAUUAAGCAGAUUGCUGCAAAGCACAACAAAACCCCAGCCCAGAUACAUGAUUAUGACAUUUCUCCCCCAGCAGUCCAGGGCCCUGUUUUCUUCCUUGUGUUGUCUUCACUUUACUCCCCGAAGGGGAAGAACAGGGUAGAUUCUGACUCAUUGCAACCCUAUAGGACAGAGUAGAACUGCCCUCAUAUGGUAUCUAAGGAGCAGCCGGUGGAUUCAAAGUGCCAACCUUUUGUGUAGCAGCCAAUCUCUUAACCAGGGCUCUAAGGUAGAUAUAGUUGGCAGAAGUCUAAGGUGAUCUCCAUCUCCUCCCCUUGAGUGUAGGUGGAACCUGUGAAUAUGAUGAGAUAGCACUCCCAUGACUAUGUUACAUUGUAUGGCAAAAGGGAUUUUGCAGAUAUAAUUCAGGUCCUAAAUCAGUUGACCUUAAGAUAGAGAGAUCAUUGAGGUGGCCCUGAUCUAAUCACAUGAGCCCUUUCAAUCUGGGUCUAGGCAGAGAUGAAGUAAGUCAGAGAUUCAAAGCACAAGAGGGAUUCCCUUCACCAUUGCUGGCUUGAAGAUAAAAGGUGACAUAUGGUGUCUUAGUUAGCUAGUGCUGCUAUAACAGAAAUACCACGGUGGAUGGUUUUAACAAACAGAACUUUAUUCUGUCACAGUUUAAGAGGCUAGAAUUCCUAAUUUGGGGUGCCAGCUCCAGGGAAAGGCUUUCUCUUCCUGUCAGCAUUUAGGGAAGGUCCUUAUCAUCUCCCCUGGCCUAGGAGCUUCUCAGCCCAGGGUCCAUGGGUCCAAAGUACGUGCUCUGCUCCUGACACUUCUGUCUUGGUGGUAUGAGGCCCCUAUCUUUCUGCUUGCUUCUCUCUCGUUUUAUCUCUUGUAAGAUAAAAGGUGAUGCAGGCCACACCGCAGGGGAUCUCCCCUUAGAUGAAUCAGGGCUAUAACCUGAGCAAGGGUGUUGCAUCACACCCUAAUCCUCUUUAACAUAAUUUAGUCUUGCCUCAUUAACCACAGUCAGAGAUUAGCAUUUAUAACACAUAGGGAAAUUACAUCAGAUCACAAAAUGGAGGCUAUCCACACAAUACUAGGAAUCAUGAUUUAGCCAGGUUGACACAUAUUUUGAGGGGAGACAAUUCAAUCCAUGACACACGGCAAGGAACAUGGGCAGCUUCUAGAGCUGAGCACAAUCCCCAGCUGAUGGCUGGCAAAGAAACAGGCCCUAGCCCUACAACUGCAAGGAGGAGAAUUCUGUAACAACAAGAAUAAACUUGGAAAUGGAUUUUUGCCCAGAGCCUUCAGACAAGAACUCAGCCUGGCUGACACCUUGCUUAGAAUUAGAGUGAACGCAUGUUUUUCAAUAUAGACAGGUUGGUGUAAAAAUAAAUAUAGGUGUAAAGAUUUGUGUAACCCUAGAUAUAUAUGUACCAUUCCCCAUUGAAAGAAACCAGGGUUACUUGGAGAAACAGCUGCUUCCAGGAUUGGAUCACGGACAGAUGUGCCUUGAACAGAUUUUUCCACUAGAAAGUAACCAACUAGUUGUCAUUCAGUCAAUGCUGACUUCUGGAGGCCCCAAAUGUGUCAGAAUGGAGCUGUGCUCCAGAGGGUUUUCAGUGGCUGGCUUUUUGGAAGUAAACUACCAGGCCUUUCUUCUGAGGUGCCUCCAGAACUUCUGACCUUUCAGUUAGCAGCUGAGCAUGUUAACCUUUUGCAUCAGCCAGGUACUGCUCCUGAAAAAAAGGAAGUGCUCAAGGAAUGAUGGAAUUGUGCCUGAAGGACGCAGAAGCCAACUCAAUCAGAGCAUAGAAAUUAAUAGUGCAGACUUCCGGCCAAGGUGGUACCAUAGAUGGAAGCACCAUGCAGUCCCUCCACAACAAAGACCAAAAAAACUAAGCAAAACAGAAACAAACGUCAGUCCUGGAACCUGAAGUGUCAAAUGAAGAGAUAAAGAACUCAGCUAAGUGCCAAAUGGAAUAAGAAACUGACAGAGAACAGAGAGCGAGAAGAAAUACAGCAGUCCCCUAUCAGCUGAUGCACCACUGACUCACCAUCUUGGACACCUGUUGGAGAUUGGCAGACAGGGAGCACAGGAAAGCACCUUCACGGAGCUCCCAGCAGGAGACAGAGCACCUGGUAACCAGUGAUACAUGCUUUCCCACCCUCCAUCCUCUCACCACUGCUCUACCUCCGUGCUUCCUGACUGGCAGUGGUGGCUCGGCUGCCUGGGAAGUGCAGCAUCUGUGAAGCCUGGAUUCACCCCACCCACAUUGGAGAUUGGUGGACAGGGAGUAUGGGAAAGCAGCUUCAUGAAUUUCCCAGUGGGAGACAGAGCACCCAGAAACCAACGAUAUACACUUUCCU